UUGUGAACUACACCGAGUCUUCAGAUGAUGAGAAGAGCAGCCCCGAGACUCCCCCACAAGAGGCAGCCUGUGUAGAUGAUGUGCACCCCCGAUUCCUAGUGGCUCUAUUUCCCGCAGGAGCAGACACCGAGCAGGAAUGAGAUAUAAACGUCGAGGGGUUGAUAAAAAUGGAAACGUUGCAAACUACGUGGAAACAGAACAGCUCAUCCACGUUCACAACCACACAUUGUCCUUUGUUCAAACCCGGGGCUCGGUGCCAGUGUUCUGGAGCCAGGUGGGAUAUCGGUACAAUCCCCGACCUCGCCUCGACAAAGGGGAGGUUGAGACCAACCUGUACUUCUGCUUACACUUCAACAUGGAGCUGGAGAUCUACAAGAAGCAGGUCCUCGUUAACUUAGUGGACCAGACUGGCCGUGAGAAAAUUAUUGGGGAUGCCUACAUGAAGCAAGUCCUGAUGUUUAACUCCCCCAACCUCACCUAUGUGACCUUUGACUUCCACGAGCACUGUCGGGGGAUGAAGUUCGAGAAUGUGCAAACUCUGACGGAUGCCAUCAGUGACAUCAUUAUGGACAUGAAAUGGUGCUGGGUGGAUCAGGCCGGCGUCAUCUGUAAGCAGGACGGGAUCUUCAGAGUGAACUGCAUGGACUGUCUGGACAGGACCAAUGUGGUUCAGGCUGCCAUUGCCCGAGUGGUCAUGGAGCAGCAGCUUAAAAAACUUGGCGUGAUGCCACCAGAACAGCCACUGCCAAUGAAAUGCUGUAGAGUGUACCAGUUGAUGUGGGCAAACAACGGUGACGCCAUCAGUAGGCAGUAUGCAGGGACAGCAGCGUUAAAGGGAGACUUCACACGAACUGGUGAAAGAAAACUGGCCGGGGUGAUGAAAGAUGGCGUAAACUCUGCAAAUCGCUACUACAUUAACCGUUUCAGAGAUGCCUACCGACAGGCGGUGAUUGACAUAAUGCAGGGUGUCCCGGUGACUGAAGAUCUUUAUUCCAUCUUCACAAAAGAGAAGGAGCACGAAGCUUUACACCAGCAGCGGCAGAGGAAUCACCAGGAGCUGGUCAGCCAGCUGCUCCAGAACUACAUGCAGAUGCUGCUGCCGGACGACGAGAAGUUUCAUGGAGGAUGGGCUCUCGUAGAUUGUGACCCCAGUCUUAUUGAUGCAACUCACAGAGAUGUCGACGUCCUGCUGCUGCUCUCCAACUGCGCUUAUUAUGUGGCCUACUAUGACGAUGAGGUCGAUAAAGUGAAUCAGUACCAGCGCCUGAGUCUGGAGGAUUUGGACAAGAUUGAGAUAGGUCCUGAACCCACAUUUUUUGGAAAACCCAAGUUCUCUUGUAUGCGUCUGCAUUACAAGUACAAAGGGAAUGGCGGUUACUUCCACACACUGCGCGCGGUGACUCGAAGCCCCGAUGAGGAUGGGAAAGAUACCCUCUUGUGUAUAGCAGAAAUGAUGCGGAUUACAAAACAAGCCCUUUGGUCGGACGUCCCCGUCAUCGAGAAGAAGCUGGAGAGAAAAAACAGCAAACCUCAUGAGGAAAUAAUGGGAAUCCGUUCUAGAGGACCUAGGCUGGGCAUCAACGGUGCGGGCCUCGCUCAGAGCAAGAACUUCCUGAUGAGUAAAUUCUCCUCUCUCAACCAGAAGGUCAAACAAACCAAUAUCGGAAGUUUACGCAAGUUAGGAACCUUUAACAAGGCAGAAGUCAAAGGUUUUCUGCAGCCCAAUCUGCAGGUCAGUCUGUGGAAGUCGGAUAGCAGCCUGGAAAAUCCCACCAGUGAUGUCAAAGGUCACAUGGAAUCCGAUUUGGACCUUUCUUCAGACAGUGAUUCUUUCCAUUCCGACGAUUACAUUCCCAAGUCUGAUGAUUACGGGCAAGGUACAGGCUCUCUGGAGACCAUUGGUCAAGUAGAUUAUGUCCUCCCCAGUUGUGGAAUCAUUGCCUCUGUCCCUCUCCUGAGGAGCCGCUCCCAGUCUGUCAGCAGUGCUGAGAUGAAUCUUCACAUUCCUACUGAAAUCCAGGUCACCCAAUGUGAAGCCACCCCAAAAGAGAAUGUCCUCAUAGAUUUUGGUACCCCCAUUGAGGCUUACUGCCACCAAUUUGUUCAAGACGCACAGACCAAAUCCUGCCUUCAAAAGAGUGACGAGAGCAAGGAAAAGGUGGACAAUUUCUUGCUGAGCAAUAAUUCUGGGUGUAUCUCGCCCACCGUGAAGGAACCUGAAGCUGACCUACUUAACCGGCCGUCUCGGCUAGAUGUGUCCGUCAGUGACCCUGUUCCUCACAUGUUAUCUGUAGACCCAGCUCCUGCGUCUCUGUCUGGCCGAUCAAGUCCCGGCUCUGCAGCUUCUCCGGCUGACAGCAGCAGUAGUCGAGCAGUGUCUCCAUUCGCCAAGAUCCGUAGUUCAGUGGUCCAGGUGGCAAAUAUAACUCACGCAGGACUGGCUCAAGGAAUUAACUUUGCUGUGGCAAAAGUACAAAAGUCUCCCGAUCCUGAGGCCGCCGUCUCCCAGAAAACUGAUUUUAGAGAGAUGUUCACCCAGUGUCAAACCCGCAUUAUCCAGAUCUGAGUGAGCAGCAGGUACGCAUCUGGGCAAGUGUCCUCCCUCCCGUACAUUGUGCAGCAAAGGCAAUGUUUACAGGCUUUAAUGUUGUUGUUUUAGUUGUUGUUUUUUUAAGAUCUCUAUUUUUCCAGGCAGAGUUCGGGGUGUCGGUGGAGUCCUCUUACUUGACAUGGACAUUGUUUUUAGGUCUUUUAGUUAUUUAUUUGUCUCUUGCGUACGGACACAGCCGCCGGACACAUUUUAAUUUGCACAGUCUUCCCUUCUUUUUGCCUUAAGUAUUAUAGUCCUUUAAGAAACCCCUUCCGCGCGGAUCCCUGGUACUCGGAGGGAGACUUUACACUGGAACGACCUCUGCAAUACAAUGGCGACUCCUGUUAGCCCUGUGGUUUCACCGCCCCUCGUGUAUAGACGUGCGUACUGUGUGAUGUGCUCUGUGCCGCCGUCAUGUAUUUAUUCCCCGUCCAGGACCUCGUCUCUUCUCUGUUUGUAGUGUUUUAAAAGGAAAAUAUUAAGGAAAGGGACUUAUUUUAAUAAAAAAGGAAAAAGA